UCAGCUACUUUGAAUUUUCGUACGCGUUGAAUUCCAUGCCAGAUUCAAGGCUCGACAGUCACACCUAUAUAGAACUGAAGCUGGGGAGAAGAUGAUGCAAUAAAAUAUUACCAUACAGACUAGAAUGGCAGCUUUGAAGAUUCAUGUUCUGACCUUGGCAUUCUGGGUUGGUCUUCUUAUUACUUGUAGCUCCCAUGGUGUUUCUGGGCUUAAGAAAAAGCAUGCAGCCCUGUACAUCUUAGGUGAUUCAUUGUUUGACCCUGGAAACAAUAACUACAUAAAUACCACCAAUGAUUUCAAGGCAGAUUGGUCUCCUUAUGGUGAAACUUUCUUCAACUACCCAACUGGUAGAUUUUGCGACGGGCGUCUAAUCCCCGAUUUCAUAGCUGAGUAUGCAAAGUUGCCAAUUGUACCAUCUUAUUAUCCAAGGAUUGUGGACUAUACUUAUGGGGUUAACUUUGCUUCUGGUGGAGCUGGUGCUCUAGAUGAAACUCGUAAAGGAUUCGUGAUACCCCUUAAUUAUCAAUUGCAUCUUUUCAAGAAUAUGGAGAAACAGUUGAGGCACAAGCUAGGUGAUGCAGAAACCUACACAUUGCUCUCAAGUGCUGUUUACUUGAUCAGCAUUGGAGGUAAUGACUAUUUCUCUCCAUUCGCUGACAAUUGCAGUUACUUCGAGACUCAUUCACAAGAGGAAUAUAUUGGCAUGGUGAUGGGGAACCUCACGAAUGUGAUCAAAGAAAUACACAACAAAGGGGGACGGAAAUUUGGGUUUACAAGAAUGCCGCCUCUGGGUCUUGUACCAUCCCAGAGACCAGGAAACAAGAGAACCUGUGUUAAAGAAAUCACAUCACUAGUGAACAUGCACAAUGCAGCACUUCCUAAAACCCUCAAAAACCUGAAGAGCAAACUGCAAGGAUUCAAGUAUUCAAUUGCAAAACUAGAUACUUACCUUAUUGACAGAAUCAAUAACCCAUCUAAAUAUGGUUUUAAGGAAGGAAAGAGUGCAUGUUGCGGCUCUGGACCAUAUGGAGGAAUUUAUAGCUGCGGAGGGAAGAGAGGUGUGACUGAGUACAACUUAUGUGCCAAUGUUAGUGAGUAUAUCUUUUUCGACUCUUUCCAUCCAACCGAACGGGUUUACCAACAAGUAUCCAAGCUAUGGUGGAACCGAUCUCCUGAUGCCAAAGAGCCUUACACUAAUCUCAAAGAGCUGUUUGAAGUGUAGCUAAAUGGGCAUUUCUUUGUUUUAUAAUAAACUCAGAAUUUAACAGAUAUAUAUAUAUAUAUAUAUAUAUAUAUAUAUAUAUAUAAUUAGUUGCUAUGUAAUAAGUUCAAAGUGACCAAAAACAGAAAAAUCUGUAGUCAUGGAUUGUGCAAUAACUGACAUCAAUAAACUGUGUAAUUGUUUGCAUCAGAGAGAUUCUUGUGUCU